AUGCAAGAACAUCGUGGAAAGUUACUUCAAAGAUUUGAUCCAUCGUUGACCUGUGACCAUGCUGGAGGUGAAGUUGUUGCGGAUCUUAAAUUCAACAGCGAUGGCUCGUACUUAGCAGUUGCUAUUGGAGGUAAAGCAAAUAAUAAAAAUCAGCUACAACUACGAAAUCCUAUUGACCUGACAGUGUUACAUAAACUAGAUCUUGAACUCGGUCUCUACUGUAUACUUCCUCUGCCAAACAAUGAAUAUUUAUUGCAUUCAUUUCUUGGGCGCGAAUUAUUUUUUGUUAAUGCAUAUGGAAAAAUGAAACAGGGAUUACGAUACGAUAGACUUUUUGAAUCAGUGGCAUAG